AUGAUUGACUCCGCCGGGAUAAGCGGCGCUCCGGUCGCCGAGGACAACAUCAUCAAUCGGCGUGGUGGAGAAUCGAUCUAUCAGAGCUGCGUUAAUCUGAAACGCCGGUUGUCCGAGGUUCCCAAUUUUGAACCUUAUUUGCAGGAUAUGGAAGAAGACCGCAUCAGCGGGAACACAGACCCAGUCGCUUCUUUAUGGACUUGUCUUCGAAACGGUUAUCCACUGUUGAGUAUCUAUAAUGCUUCCGGACCAGCCGAGCCGCUGGAAAUUGAUCCCGCGAGAGUUCCCGAGGCGAAGCGUCCAAAGGCAGCGACAUUCAAGUUCCUGCAGGCUUGCCUGCAGGACCUGGCAUUCCCCCAACAAGAUUGCUUCCUCAUCACAGAUCUGUAUGGCGAAAGCACGACAGGCUUUAUCAAAGUGAUCAAGAUGGUCAACCGGGUCGUGGACAUCCUAGAGAUGCAAGGCCAGCUGAAGCAGUCAUCGGAAGUGAUAGAACAACCCACUGGCACAAAAGGGGCCGUGAAGCUUACCAAGAGAGAGCACAUUCUCAAGGAGCUACUGGAAACGGAGCGCGACUAUGUCCACCAUCUGCAGAACCUCCAGGCUCUCAAAAAGGAAUUGGAGGAAACGGGUGCUUUGACUGGCGACGGAAGCCACCAGAUUUUCCUGAACCUCAACAAUCUGUUAGAUUUUGCUCAGCGGUUCCUCAUUCGCAUGGAGCAGCACUACGCCUUGCCGGAAGAAAUGCAAAAUUGGGGCCAUCUCUUCUCUUCGCACGAGGAAGCUUUCCGGCAGUAUGAACCGUUCAUUGCAAACCAGAUGCGCUGCGACGAAACCUGCCUGAAGGAAUGGGACAAGAUUCGGGUUGCUCCACGUCAUCUGGACCUCCAGCAAAUGGUCGCGCAACCAAAGACUCUCAAUGGUUUCUUUGUGAAGCCUUUUCAACGGUUGACCAGAUACCCACUGAUGCUCUCGGAGCUGCGCAAGCAAAUUGAGGAUCCACAGCUCCAGACUGACAUUACCGGCGCAAUUGACACGAUUCAAAAUGUUUUGGACGGAGCCAAUGAAGCCAUUCACAAAGAGCACUUGGCUGCGGCCGUGGUGGAUUUGUCGGAGCGAGUAGAUGAUUGGAAGGCGCUGAAAAUGGAUGCUUUUGGAGAUCUGCUUCGGUUUGGCACCUUCGCUGUGGUGAAAGGGGACAGUGGCAAGGAUAAUGAGAGAGAGUACCACAUCUUUCUUUUCGAGCGAAUUCUUCUUUGCUGCAAAGAUAUCAACCCUAACAAGCAAAAGACGAAGCUCAUGAUGAACAAAGAUAAACCGACACCUACUGCAAAAGGAAAGCCUCGUCUUCAACUGAAGGGCCGAAUCUACAUGGCCAAUGUAACAGACAUCGUUUGCCUUCAGAAGCCUGGCCUUUAUCGCAUUCAGAUAUUUUGGAAGGGAGACCCGGGAGUGGUCGAUAAUUUCAUUAUCCGAUAUCAAAACGAAGAUACGAUGCGGAAUUGGUACAGAGACAUCGACACCCAACGAGCAAUCCAAGCAGAGCGGCGCACCAUUCGGCAUACUGGCACAUCAGAUAGCGAGUUCACGUACAUGGAGGGAAUGACCAACAUCCCGAAUCCGUACCAGCAAGAGUAUGACGCAGAUGACGGUAACAAAGAGGGCCCGUAUUACUCUGAAUUUCCCAUGAGCCGAAAUGCGUCCAGCACCAGCCUGAGGACUCGAUCUGCCACCGGCGGCAGCACAAGCUCUGUUCCCCAUUCAAACGGCCGUCCACGCUACGGAGUCACCGAUCCAGCGCUCUCGGUACAUACCCAGUUCCCCGGCAGCGGGAGCAUGUCACCAAAUGAUCGGAGUAUGAACUCUUACUUUUCCCCCACGGAAACCCCGUCCACGCGGUCAAGUUCCCAAUCGACUGGGUAUUCAUUUGGCCGUCAAAACACGAACUCCACGGGGGCGUCAUCUGUUUGGAAUGAAGAGUCCAACCGGUACACCGCGCCUGCACUGUCUCGCGGGGCGUCUCGCGAUGGCACGAACGCAGGGUAUUUCUCUGGUCAAUCCAAUGGACGGGCUGCUCAGCGUCCAUCUCUGCCCCCUCUUUCGGGGCCUCAGGCGCAAUCAGCGAAUGGUGCGACUCAACGGAUGCGAUCGGCUAGCAGCCCGGAUAUUCACCAUCACAACAAUGUCCCCGAAUCGAGGCGGUACAUGGGGGCGCACACGAUGCAGACUGUCGACAACGUGCCAGUGCCACCCAUCCCUGCGCAUAUGGCCAACAUGAAAGCGCCUGUCAACCGCAGCCAAAACAAUUCGCCCACCAACAGUCAACUCCCCAUGCGCACUCAUCCCCAUCAUUCCCAUGGCUCUCAUGGUUCUCAUAGCUCGCAUUUCAACGACCCGGAAUACAGCGAAGCUCGCACCUCGGGGCAGCUCUCUGAACAUGCAACCUCACCUUUAAGCCAAGAGCCGGAGGGAGGCGACCCGUUCAUGCCGACGCAACUCAAGGCCAAGGUGAACUUUGAUGACAACUACGUUACACUGGUGAUUGCGACCAACAUCCUGUUCCGUUCGUUGACGGAUCGCGUGGAUGCAAAACUGGCGCGAUUCACAGACCGGUCCAUUGGCACCAAAACUGUGCGGCUUCGUUACCGCGACGAGGAUGGGGAUUUUGUCACCAUUGACAGCGAUGAGGCCGUCCAACUUGCUUUUAUGGAGUGGCGUGAGCAACACCGGGAUAUGCUGGCCAAGGGUUUGGUCGGAGAGAUUCAGCUCUAUUGCCAGGUGGUUGACUAG